UUCAAUAUAAUGUGUUACGUAUAUCUCCUGUGUUAGAAUACAUAUAUGUAUUAGUUGACAAGUUCUAAUUCAAAAUUUUGCACUAUGAGAAAAUUAACUUUUUAAUAAUAUUAAAUUUGAGUGCAAAAGGAAAGCAACCAUUCAAAGGAAAAUACAUCAGGCUGUUGACAAAAUAUAACUCAGAUUUCAAAGCUAUUAUUCAGUUUCCAUAUUUAUGCCAAAUAAAAAAUAAUAAAUGGCAGUUGUUAUUUGGAUCUAAGCGGGCAUUUUCAAACACAACAUAGGAUUUAAAAAUAUCAUCUCUAUACCUGGAAAAACUUGCCUUUUAACCUGUUCAGCUUUGACGAUAAACUCAUUACAGAUACGAUUUCGAUCAACAGUCGAACAGUUCUGCAUUAGAGAUGAGGCCAUCAGUAUUUUGUUUUCCUCUUUCUCUGUUAAUAUCUAUCCGGCAAGGGCAAGGUGCUUUGAGAUGGCAGGUAGAAGACAAACUGACACACUAUGGACAAACUUUAGUGUUGAUGUGCAAAGUUCCAAAUUGUUGUUUUGAAGCUGCAGGAUGGUAUUUAUGGAAUCCUGAUAAACGUACAAUAUUUAAAGAUGUCAAAACUACUAAUAUAUCAACACCACCUAAGUAUUUGGGAGGCGUUCGAACAGAUGGUUUUACGCUCUUCAUAACGAAUUUGACGCAAACAGACAUUCACGUUAAUUACUCCUGUGAUUAUGGAUCACUGUUUGGAGACAGUAUUUUAUUACACAAAGAUAAUGUUUUCAAAAAUGACCAAUCUAAACUUGAAUUUAGUACCACGUUAAUUGUUACGAUAGGUGUUGUCGGCUCGAUCCUGUUCAUAGUUCUGAUAGCAGUUGUUAUUAUUAUUAUCCGUAGAAAGCAAACACGUGUGGAAGAGGUAGAACUUUCUAAACUAGGGAAGGAAGAAGGCAUUGGCAGAAAAAAGUGCACGAUAUAUAACGACUAUUGUUCGAAGAUUGAAGUUUCAUUCAAAUCUUCCCGACAACAAAAGCAAACAGAUACAAGUUUAGUGAAUACCAAAAACUUUAAACUUUAUCAAAAACGUACAGUUAAGAUAAUGCAAAAUGCAGAAAUUGAAAGUGGCAAAAGCUAUACAGCUCUACUGGAGAAAGAGUUCAUAGAUUGCAAUGUCCACGUAAAGUACACGUAUUACUAUCUAGGUAUGGUGCCAUCGCUAUGGUACUCACACACAGAGUUACAACAUAAUGGAACACAUGAAAUGGUCUUUACGGUCAAUGGCGUCCUAGAUUAUAAGAGCGGAACGGGAGAUGAUGCAAAAACACUGAGUUAAGCUUGCAUAACGUACAAGAACUAAAACGUGUAUUAUAUUUCAAUAUUGUUUCCUUAAAACAACUACAACAAAGAUAAAACAGUGUUCGUUCAAUACUUCCCAUCAUUAUUUUUUUCCAAUUUCAAAUACGCAUAGUGCUUCUCAAAAUGCAACAGAAAACCUUUUAAGCUUUGAAGUCGUGAUAUUUUUAUUUAAACAAGCUAUGCUCUCUCAUUAAUCCGAACUACGGCGAUUUUUUUUUUCAUUUGAAAUAUAUAUGAUUCAAUACUGAAACAUAAUCGAAUCGUUCAAACUACAAUUUAGUAACAGUGUUUGUUAUCUAGAUAAAUGUUUAUCUCGCGAAGAGAUUUUAAAAAACAAAAAUGACAAUGCCCUUUUUCAAGAGAUGAAAUUCAUAUUUGAAGUGUUGUAGCUUAUGAUGUCGUUUUUUCAUGGUAAAAACAUAAGUACGAAUUAGUAUCUACAGUUUUUUCAUUAAUGAAGACGUUUUAGAUAUUUAUAAAUUAUAAACUUGUUAAAAGAAAAACCACUAAAUGAGCAAACAAUUCAAAAUAUAAACGCCGGAACCUUAUCAAUAAUGUAUUAAAUAUUUAUUUAUUUUGUUAAUAUUGAUAAACACAAUUGUAUUUUUCCAACACAUUUCUAUCAUACGAAUGUCAUAUCGAGACACCGCGCGAAUUGGUAAUUGGCACUACUAACACAGCUAUAGAAAAAUACUUAUCGUCGGCUGUUAGUAGCCAAUGCUUUUAUAUCAUAAAACAAAUACGAUAAUUAAUUUUAUAUAUGCAUCCGUCCUUACAAAUAAUAACAAAUGAUCACACUAUUAAUAGCUAGAAAACAAAAGUAAUAUGUCGUGACAAAAAAAAAAAGUUUAAUUUUGGACGGU